AUGAAGACGGCAAAGCCUCCCACAGCUGCGCCCGAGACGAUCCCUGCCCGGCGCUCGCAACCGGUGCGACAGACUAGGACGAAUCCGCCGCGAACCUCGACUACGGCGAGUCGAAACCUCGGCCGCGACAGCGUUAUCGGCAACGCGAGACACGAACAGCCCAUCGACAUUUUCCCCGGUAUCACCCACUUCUCCGACACGAUCACCGCCCUCCCCAAAGAGCUUGUCAAGCACUUCACUCUUUUGAAAGAGGUCGAUGCCAAAAUCCACGUUCCCCAACAGGCACUUUUUAAGCUGAUCGACAAUGCCCUUCGCUUGCCCACCCCCAACUCAACAAGAUCGCCCUACGAUGGCACCCCCGUUGUCACAGAGGCACCGGCUUCGGCUCCAAUGACCGCCCAUAAUAGCACCAGUGGUGCCGACCUUCAUGUUCAUAGAGCCCACACGCUACCAGCCGUCCCCCAGGCAAGUCAAGGCCAGCUGCAGAACGUCGACGAUGUUUUGGGCGAGCCGGCCUUCAAUCGCAGCAACCUGCCACGAAGACAGCUCUUUCGCCAAGUCGCAUUUGAGAUAAAGGAGAUGCUCGUGGCAUUGGAAGAAAAGAACCAUGUCAUUUCCACAGCAAACGAUGCUCUAAAUAAGCAGCUCGCCCGGAUCGACGAUAUCUGGCCACAUCUGGAGCAAGAGUUCAGCGAGGAGGCGAAAUGGGGCAGUGCGACGCAUUGGGCCUACCCAGAAAAUCGAGCGGCUCAUCGCGCAACCAAUAAUGCACAGGCCGAAAGAUCACGACGCGAGGGUGCCGCCAAUCUGUCAGCUGCUGCGCAACAGAUCGCCGAGGAAGCUGCAGCGCGCAGCGACGCGCGAAAACAGGCGGUGGCUGCCAGGCGAAGCCAGAAAAACAACCACCACCAGGACUCGGACGCUGACAGCUACAACCAGAAAGGAGACGCGAAGAAGGCAUCGAGUUCGAAAACAAGAAAGCCUCUGCCUGAGCCGAACCCUGCCGUCGGUGUUGGACUGGGCAUAUCUGGUGCCACUGUGACACCUAGCGCAAAUGGAACAACCAGCUCAUCCUCACGACGGAGGAAGGUCGAAAAGCCAGCGUCUGCCCAGCCCAUGGAACGGGCUCUCAGUGGUGUCUUUGGUGCGACUGGCGUUAACGGCAAAACGAGAACAUCAAGUCCAAGGGAAUCGCCAGCGCCCGAUGGCGGUGCCAAGAAGCGCAAAGCUCUCCCUUCAGGAGGAAAUCAAGCGAAGAAAACUCGCAAUGGGACCUCGGCUGCUUCAUCGCCCGUCAUUGGCGCUUUUCCCGAUAUGAAAUUUGCCCGUGGCUCGCCGGCUCUUGCGACUAGCAUUCUCGGGAGUCCCUUGCCUGAAAGCAUUGGCAGGUUUGACGACAUAGUCAAUACCAUCAACGGCAGUCUUGGCAUCAGUAGCACCACCAUGAGACCGAGCACUAUCAGUGACAUAGGGAGCAGCAGUGCGGUCGUUGGUAGCAACAAAGCUAUAGACGGUCUGAAAACUGCCACCAGCAUUCCCGAACCCGACAGGAAUGAUGGUAUCAAAGCCGCAGAGAACGUCGAAACCGGCCUAGGGUCCGAAGCUGGUGAUAAUAAGGUCGUUGCUGGCGCUAGCAAGACGCCCAUCGCGGCCCCAAACAGCGGUACGACUUUGAAGAAGGUCGAAGAAGGCGAGGGCGCACUUGAGCAACCCGCAUCCCAAAGUCUGCCAGAUGCAUUAGCGCCUGGUCGAAGCCUUGACCUGUUGCAAUCGAUUAUCGGGAAUGGACGGCAGCAGUCAACGCCUCUAGCAUUACUAGUGGAGACUCAAGCGAACAACAGCGGUUCAAUUCCUGCACAAGCCAAGGAAAAACAGGACGUUUCGAUUGCACGCUCUGUCGCCGACAAGGCGGCGAUGCCAGGAAAGGAGAUAACAGCUCCGCCAUCAGUGGCUGUAGGAGGAGCUUCUAUCAGGGGUGAACCUUUCAAGGCAGAAGCAAUCGACAGCCCACCGGCUAACGCACCACCGGCCAAAGUGGACGAACCGGUAGCUAAGAAAGAGUUGACGCCAAAUGCGAUAUCAGUCCCGAUCACUCAACCACAGCCAGUGACAACCAAGAGUGGGCGAGCUAGCAAACCUUCGACGCCUGCCCUAGGAACAUUUCCUGAGACAUCUCGGUCGCGGCCAUCGCGUACGACAGAGAACGGAGGUACCGGUGGUAAUAACAGCAGCACCAGCAGCACCAGCAGCAACGGGGCCGUCAAGCGCAGCCACAAGAAGGGUGCGUCGAUAUCGUCGCAGGCCCAUGCGCAUGCAGCCCUGGUUGCAAAUCUUGUUGUCGAAGCAGCACACGGCAAUGGCAAUGGCUACCAUAGCAGUGGUAGUGGCACAGGCACCAGACAGCAGCAACAACAGCUGAAAUGGUAUUGCGAUGACUGCAAAAAGCGCCUCAAAGUUGGUGAGCGCAAGACUAAUGGGCGGUGA